GCUGUUGCAAUUCACACGCCCGCUAGCUAUCUCCGCAGUGGAGCCUUGUAGCUAGUACGAGGAGGAGUGUGUUUGAUUUUUGCAAUUGCAAGCCUCAAUGGCGGAUAGAGCGGGAUAGCGGUUUUGCGGACAAUAACAUCUCGGUACUUCUCUAUUUGUGGCGUGACUUGGUCCGCCGUAUUUUCCCGUGCAUCCUACGGAAGAGGGGACUCCGGUGCAUGCAGCAAAGUUGCGAUAGUUGAGGUUUAAAUCUGUCACUUAUUUUAGGCCGAUUUAACCUGGCUAACUGGCUGGCUACCUAACGUUAGCUAAGUGCAUCGGAGUUCCCAACAGAAAUAUAUGCGAAGGAAGUUGCUCCUGCAAUUCACAGUGGCUAACUAAAUAUGGGAGACUCUCUUGAACUGAUUGGGAAGCGACUUCUGCUGCUCCUCAACGAUGGCAGAUCCGCAGCCGGAUCCGAAGUGGAACAGGCCGCCUGGACUCGUGACUGGCUCCGGGGGACCGUCCGGGCGGUCAGCGUCAUAGGGUUGGCCAGCCCAGGGGUAGAGGUGAGCGGAGGAGAGGCGACAACAACAACAGCAGCAGCUGCGGGGCUGACGGUGUUUGUGGAGUUUGAGGACUGUGCGUGGCGCAGGCGGUCCUGGGUACAGGUGUACGGGGAGGAGGUGAGAGCUGUACUGGUCGAGUCCUCCAUCGUCUGGGCUAACCGCAGCGACCCCAACCAGAACCACCCUGCAGCUGGAGGAGCCCCUGGGACAGCCUGGCCUGCCUUGGCGUUCCGGUCUCUAGUGGACCGUGUGGGUUUGGGUUCCCUGGUCCCUGUGGAAUUCUUCGGGAACCGAACCCUCGACUUCCUCCCUGACGGGAAUUCACUCCAGAGAUUUGAGGUAGAGAAAGACGUGGGACACUCUCUCCUGCUGGAGCUGCCAUCUCUGCAGGCUGCAGUGUCCAGCUGGCACAGUGACUUUGAGCUGCAGGAGAUCCUCAGGAAGGGCUCCUACACAAUCCAGGGCAGGAGGGUUCAGGUUUACCAGUGUGAGUUUGACGAGCAUUGGGCCCUGGGCCUGGUCUCUCGGCACGACCCCAACUCACACAUCAUGGAGAUUACCAUGGACCAGGGAGAGGAGACCCAGGUGGUGGAUCCUCGGGUAAUGCACGUAAUACUAGCUGAAGAUCACUUUGAUGAGAACGGGAGGAAUGCUCGGCGGAGGAAGGAGAGCGAUGGCGUGAAGGGCGAGAGCGGCCGUAGACGGAGGACAUCGUCGGAAGGCGAGGAGGACGUGACUCUGAAGCGUUUUAAGGGGGCGGGAGAGGGAGCAGCGGAGGGACAGAACGGGAGCGGCUCCACCAAGGGGAUGGUGACGUGGGGUGAGGAGGUAGCAACCGGAGGAGAAGACGGAGUGGGUGGAGGAGGCAGAGUGAACAGCACUACCAACAAUAACAGCAGUUCCUCUGAAGUCACACAAGGUCACGCCACCCCGAACAGCAUUUCCUCCCACAUGGACCAAUCAAAAGCUCCGCCGCGGUACCCCAAGGAAAACGGACGCUCCCUCUCCACACAGGACAGACAGGGGUCUGCUGACUCGACCACUACAGUCACCCCCACCCCACCCCCCCUCAAACCAGCCCCCUCCCCAUUCUCCAACACUUCCUUCCCCUCUCUGGGCCAGAUGCCCAGCCUGGUCCCUGGAGCUCCGGCCUCCAAGCCUUCCCCAGCAGCCCUGAUCACAGAGAGCGAGGAGCCAUCCCAGUCUACCUACCCCAAGACGGCUGCCCUGGUGUCCCCCGGCCCGGUGACCAUCUCGUCCCCAUCGCAGGGCAGUGCCCCCAGCGUGGCCCUCGCUGCUCCCCUGUGCUUCAGCCCCAAACUAACCGCCUGGACAGGACCACCCAACCAGACGGAGGGCUCUAAGCCCAUCCUGGCUGCGGCUGGGUUCCGGCUGCCUCAGUCCAAGCCUGCUGGUGCUUCUGUGUUUGGAGAGGUAAGCUCCCAGACCAACGGUUCCUCCAACACAGCGUCAGUCUCCCAGGACACCCCCGGACCCUUCGGCUUUUCCUUCAGAGGCGCCAAGAACAACGAAGCCCAACCGCAGCAGCAAGACCAGAACUUAUUCUUCCAGUGUAUGAGUCAGAAGACUGGCCAGAACCCUGGUGGUUCUAAUCAGAACCAGACUUCAGGCCUGGGUCAGAGCCAGACUAAAGACACCAACUACUUCACAGCAGUGUCAGAGAGCUUGAGUAAGGAGCCUCCUAGCCUGUUCAAGCCCUCCGCCUCCACAGAGGGACUCAAAAAGACUGUUCUAGCCCCCGCUUCAACUGGCCUGUUUGGCUCAGCUACAGCUCAUCUCAAAGAGCAGUCCAAAGUGCCUGAGACCCAGCCGGCAGGCAACGGAGUGCUCAACAAGCCUUUCGGAGGGGACAAGCUCUCGUCUUCCUUCAGCGGCGGCUCUGGGGGGAUGAGGAGCUCUGUUCUGGGAAUGGCUGUGAUCGGCACCCCCCUGGCUCCGGCUUCUGGAUCUCUGGGUGGUGCUAACAGGAGUGGCACUAACGGUGGUGCGGUGGGUGGUUUCAGCACCAAGACAGACAGCCACCAGAACCUGUUCCUCCAGGGCUCCAAGGAGCCUUCCAACCCCUUCCUGGCCUAUGGGGAGAAGCUCUCCCACAGCCCCUUUAGCGGCAAACCAUCCCCUCUGGAGCCUGAGACCCUGGGCCCUGCCACUGCCUCGGAGAGCAAACCCAACCUAUUUACAAUGUCCGAGCCGCCCAAGGGCAUCCUUUCUUCCCCCUUCGCCUCCCUCUCAGGCUCCGCUGCCUCCAGUUCUUCCUCCCCAGCCCCAGGACCUGCCUUCAUACAGAGGCCCCAGUCUGAUGCCCCCUCCAAGCCCAGGGAGGGCGCCUCCACAGGGGAACAGGGCUCCUCAGCUGAGGGUGGGUCUCUGGAUGACCGGCCCAGCUCCACCUCGGGCUACCCCAUGUUUGGGAGCGCUGUCCCUGGGGGGAGUGGUGAGGAUGCGCCCAUGCCAUUUGACCAGGGCCAGAAGUUUGCCCUGGAGGAGCGAGGCCAGGUAUCUAAACGUGACUCUGACUCCAGCGAUAACAGUGACCUGUCAGACCUGAGUGAGACUGAGGAGGGGCUGGAGAGAGGGCAGGUCCCUGGGGGCCUCCCGGGGCCUGUCAAGGAGGGAGCCAUGCUACUGCAGAAGGGUAAAGGCCCCGGGGUAGCCAAGAGCCGGCCACGCAACAAGCCCUUCAAAGUGGGCCAGUCAGUGCUGAAGGAUGUGACUAAGGUGCGUCGUCUGAAGCAAUCAGGAGAGUCGUUCCUGCAGGACGGCUCCUGUAUCAACGUGGCGCCCCACCUCCACAAGUGUCGCGAGUGUCGCAUGGAGCGCUACAGGAAGUACCGGGAGCAGGAGCCUGACGACGACGACCCCAACGUGGCCUGCCGCUUCUUCCACUUUCGCAGGCUGGCGUUCACGCGUAAGGGCAUCCUGCGUGUGGAGGGCUUCCUGAGCCCCCAGCAAAGCGAUGCCAUGGCCAUGGGGCUGUGGCUUCCCUCGCCGUCCGUACAGGAGGGCUUGGACCUGGACACCUCAAAGUACAUCCUGGCCAACGUGGGAGACCAGUUCUGUCAGCUCGUCAUGUCUGAGAAGGAGGCCAUGAUGAUGGUCGAGCCUCACCAGAAAGUGGCGUGGAAGCGGGCAGUGCGCGGCGUCAGGGAGAUGUGUGAUGUGUGUGAGACCACUCUCUUCAACAUCCACUGGGUCUGCAGGAAGUGUGGCUUCGGGGUGUGUCUGGACUGCUACCGGCAACGGAGGAACCGCCCUCUGGAGGAGGUGGAUGAGGGGCCUGAUGACGAGGUGUUCUCCUGGUUGAAGUGUGUCAAAGGCCAGAGACACGAGCCCCAGAGCCUCAUGCCCACACAGAUCAUACCUGGAACAGCUCUCUAUAACAUAGGGGAUAUGGUGCACUCAGCCCGGGGCAAAUGGGGCAUCAAGGCAAACUGCCCCUGCACCAGCCGGCACCACAGGCCCCUAGUGCGCCAUAGUGCCCCCAACGGCAUCUCACAGCAGUCUGCAGUGUCCUCCAGCAUAGGGAGCAGUGGUAGUGGACCAAUCACAGGUGGUGGGGGGCCAGCGGGUUCAACCACUCCUAAACCCGAGGGGGGGGAGACAACAGUGGUCAAAACACAGCCUACAUCCAGCACAACGUCAUCCGAGGCGGCAGGAGCAGGGGUUGAUACUAACUCCACCAACAGUACCAGUGGCCCCCCUAACUCUGCCCAGACCACCACCCCCAAGGACCCCCGCCCUUCCACAGGUGAGGGCAACUCCACCGCCCUGCACUGGCUGGCAGACCUGGCCACUCAGAAAGCCAAGGUGGAGGACACUAAAGACUCUGGGUUGCUGCGCUCGGCGAUGGGCCGGGACACGCGUUCUCCCUUCGGCCUUGACUCGUUCAGCGCCCUGUCCAAGCCUUCGUCCUCCUCCUCUUCCUCCUCCAGUCCUAAACUGUUCAACAGCCUGCUGCUGGGCUCCAGCAACACCCAGCCCAAACCAGAGGGCUCCAGCCUCCGAGACCUGCUCAACUCUGGCCCCGGAAGGCUCCCCCAGGCCCCCGGAGACACUGGAAUACCCUUCCCCUCAGUCUUCUCCACCUCAGCCGCUGGGGACAAGAUGAAGGGCAGCCUGCCUAACUUCCUGGACCAUAUCAUUGCCUCGGUGGUGGAGACCAAGAAGGCGGAGGGCCGUCGUACGGGCGAGGGGGGCAGCGAGCUGGGCGGGGUGGGCCGCAGGGACGGGGUGAUGGGCCUCAGCGUGCUGGACCCCCACACCUCCCACUCCUGGCUCUGUGACGGACGCCUGCUCUGCCUGCAGGAUCCCUCCAACACCAACAACUGGAAGAUCUUCAGAGAGUGCUGGAAACAGGGCCAGCCGGUGCUGGUGUCUGGUAUCCAUAAGCGUCUGAAGGGGGGUCUGUGGCGACCUGAGGCCUUCAGUGAGGAGUUUGGGGACCAGGAUGUUGACCUGGUCAACUGUCGGAACUGUGCCAUCAUUUCUGACGUCAAGGUCCGUGACUUCUGGGACGGCUUCCAGGUCAUCUCUAAGCGUCUGAAGGGUAGUGAUGGUCAGCCCAUGGUUCUGAAGCUGAAGGACUGGCCUCCCGGAGAAGACUUCAGAGACAUGAUGCCUACACGCUUUGAUGAUCUGAUGGAGAACCUGCCCCUCCCAGAGUACACGAAGCGAGACGGCCGUCUGAACCUGGCCUCCCGCCUGCCCAACUUCUUUGUCAGGCCAGACCUGGGGCCUAAGAUGUACAAUGCCUACGGUCUGAUCGAGACCGAAGACCGGAGUGUUGGCACUACCAACCUGCAUCUGGACGUGUCUGAUGCCGUCAACGUCAUGGUGUACGUGGGCAUUCCCGAGGGAGAGGGGGAACACGUCAAGGAGACGGAUAUCGCUGGAUGUAAAGAGGUGAUGAGCACCAUCGAGGAGGGUGAUGUAGACGAGAUGACCAAGAGGAGGGUGUACGAGGCCAAGGAGAAGCCCGGGGCACUGUGGCACAUCUAUGCCGCCAAGGACGCAGAGAAGAUCCGGGAGCUGCUCCGCAAGGUGGGUGAGGAGCAGGGCCAGGAGAACCCUCCGGACCACGACCCUAUCCAUGACCAGAGCUGGUACCUGGACGGGGUGCUGCGCAGGAGGCUGUACGAGGAGUACGGCGUGCAGGGCUGGGCCAUCGUACAGUUCCUGGGAGAUGCUGUCUUCAUCCCCGCCGGGGCUCCCCACCAGGUGCAUAACCUGUACAGCUGUAUCAAGGUGGCAGAGGACUUUGUGUCCCCUGAGCAUGUGAAGCACUGUUUCAGACUGACCCAGGAGUUCAGACACCUAUCCACCACACACUCCAACCACGAGGACAAGCUGCAGGUGAAGAACAUCAUCUACCAUGCUGUAAAGGACGCUGUGGGAACACUGAGGGCCCACGAACCCAAGCUAGCACGCUCUUAGUGCCCGCUAAACACACACACACAAGCUGCAGUUAUAGAGUAGAGGUCUGUGUGCAGAGAGAGGCACGGUGAUGUGCUCACAACUCUCUUAUUUUGUGUGUGUGUGUGUGUGUGUGUGUGGGCGGGGGGGGGGUCUAUAGUCAGCGCUUGGAUGAAGGCAGUACUACAUCAUCGCUGUUACACGACAUGCUCUACACGUCUUAGUUGUUUUCCAAUUCACUUCUGAUUAACUCUGUAUUUAAGGUCAGUGUGUCCUGUUUGUGUGUGUGGAAGAGGAGAGCAUGUGACGUGAGGCGGUUCAGCAUCUCUGUAGCGUCUGACUAGAUGUGAGCACUGGGCUAUGUUUCCUUUAGCGACAACAAUUGAUAUUAUUAUUCUUCCUUAGAAGAGAGGGUUCACUUGUUUUUAGAUAUUUUUUUGUUGAAGUUUUAAUCUUUAGUGGUGGAAUUGAGACUUGUGCAAGUAACAAGUAUCAAAGUGAACUAGACCAAAGUUUUUUUUAUUUUUAGUUAUUUUUAGUUUUUAGUUAUUUUUAAUUAAAAGCAAGGACUUCUUAAACAUGUUUUCUUUUAUACACCGGAGGAUAAUUCAGAGUAUUGGCUUUUUGAAUGCUUGACAGAGAGGGGCUUUAGAGAAAUGUCUCCAUUUAUUUGGUCAUCUUUGUUGUCCCAAGGUUUGCAUGGAUGAACUUGCAGACUUCAAAACGUUGUAAAAGAAUCACGAUUCCAACUGAACAGAAACUACUGGCCGUUAACAGUGUAUCAAUAUAUAUGUUGAUGAUCUUAGCAGUCUGUUUGAUUUUUCAAAAUAAAGUUCACAACAAAUAAAAUGUACUGGUCAUUUCAGGU